UGGUGGUCUGUGGCCAGUGAAUGUUCAGGAGCAGUGGAGCUGUGUUCGUGUAGCUCUGCUGGCUUUCCCUUCUGGACCUUGCAGGAAAUGAAUUUGUGGAUUUUUUUCCUGUCUGAAGAUGGAGACUGACACAAAGAUGAGAGGAAUCCGAGGAUUGUUUUCCCUCCUUUGAGUGCAUCUGCUGCCCAUUACAACCACUAAGCAAGAUGAAGAUGAAAUGGACCAUGCUGGGCAUGGUUGUCUUCUUUCUGAUCUCUGUGGUGAUGACCUGCUGUUUCAUAUGGCAGUAUAGGAUGCCGAAGCUGAAGACAGAAGUGGUUGUAAAAGAAGUGACAGCAGAGGAGAUGUGCCCUCGCUUCCCUGAGCCUGUGACCCUCAAACAUCCCAUCACAUCACUGAGGGUAGCCUUAGAAAAGAUAGAUGUACUCCUGAAGUCGAGUCUUCACACCACCAAGCUGCCAGCGAUAUCAGCCAUUGUGGUUUUAAAUGACUCUGUUCUUUGGAAUGGAAACUUUGGCAAGAAAAACAUAAGCGACCCCUCCUCAUCCACACCCAAUGAAUACACAGUGUACAGAAUCGCAAGCCUCUCUAAAAUCUUCCCCACACUGAUGCUGUACAAGCUGUGGGAAAACGGCCAGGUAGACUCUCUGGACGACCCUCUGGAGAAGUAUGCAGACAAUUUCACCAUCAAGGACCCACUGGGAAAAAGUAAGGGGGCAUCAUCCUCGUCAGUCAGGACCCUCAGCAGCCACUUUCCAGCACUCAGUCUCCGCAGAAUGGCCAGCCAGCUCUCUGGGUUACCCAGAAGAUUAAGGUCAACUAAUCUCCUUUGGAGUGGAGACACACAGUCAGCCCUGAAAUUGUUACAGGAUGAUGUCCUCGUGGCAGAUCCAGGCACCAGAUGCCACUACAGCAAUGUUGCCUUUUCCUUAUUGGCCAACAUCUUGGCCCAGACGGUGACUGGCACAGACUUUGAGAGCUGGGUAUCAGACAACAUUCUGGAGAGGCUCAGCAUGCAGAACACUGGAUUCAGCUUUACUCCAGCUAUUCAGAGGCAGAUGGCUUUAGGUGUGUACAGCAAUGGCCAGCCUGCUCCACUCUACAACCUCGGCUGGUACCGACCUGCAGGUCAGAUGUAUUCCACAACAGCUGACAUGGCCAAGCUAAUGAUGGCUCUUCUGGGUGUGCAUGGCAAGACCCUGCUCCGCCAGGACACCCUGAAUACCAUGCUGACCCCAGUCUUACGAUGUCAUCACGGCUACUUUGCCAACUCCACCGGCACACCAUGGGAGAUCAAUGAGCAGUUUGGCUAUGAUGUGGUUAGGAAGGACGGCGACCUUGACGGUUAUGCAGCCACCCUCUCCUUAGUACCACGGCUCAGGCUGGGACUGGUAGUCCUAAUGGCUGGGGUUCGGCCUGCAGACCAGGAACUUGUGAGCCAAGCCUACAGCUAUCUAAUCCCUGCAGUGGCGAAUGCUUACAGAGAUGCUCAACAAACUCUCAGACCACCACCCGAUCCAGCUCCAUAUAUCGGCUUUUUCACUUACAGGAAUAUGACUUUCUAUGAAAUUAAGGUGGAUUCAGAUGGAGUACUAGUGAUGCAGCAGUUUGGACCACAGGUCGACACGACUGUGCCGUCCAAUUAUCGAACUAUUCGGCUGGAUUACCUGCAGGACAGGGUGUUCAGGGUAGUAUUUGAGAGCCUGUACCCUUGCAAAUUGAAGUUUAACAGUGCCUCAGUCUCCCUGGAGGCGCAAGACAGACAGCUCUUUAACUUUUAUGUCUUCAGCAAGAAAGGUGUGUCACCAGGGUUUGAUUCCCCAGGCCUCAACACUUACAAAGUGACAAGGAUAGCUGGCAGACCAUACUUUGGUUCAUGAUGUCAGGAAUUCAGUCAAGCACAAGGUACUGUCAUUGUAACGGGGGAGUUGUCAUGAAAAAAGCACACUUUUUUCUCAGUGGUCAGUUUAAUGGGAUGCUCUCUUUCUUCGAUGAAUGUCAUUUAUCUGAAUUUACAUUUCAUUAUAAUUCAUUUCAUACUCCAAUUCAUAAUACCAAUUUUAUCAUUAAAACUUCCAAAUGUCCAAA